AUGACGCCAAAGAGCAACGAAUCAACAUUGGAAGUUGAUGACAUAAGACAAGCUCAAAUCGAAGAUAGUGUUAUAGGUAAAGUGUACUCCUUUAUCAAAGCAGACAAGCGGCCUACACAAGUGAGUGAGGCAGAACACAAUCAAAUAGUCCUACCCAGGAAAUACCACGCAAUGAAAAGAGAACUCCACAACAACAUGGGUCAUCAUGGUUCUGAUUGUGUUCUACAUCAUUCUACCCAGAGAUCGGUUCUACAUCAAGAACGAGAACACAGUAGAAAAUGCAGUUGAAAACGAGAACACAGUUGAAAACAAGAAUGACAGCGCAAGUGACGUGGAGAAUGCAGUCAACACAGAGGUUGUCUCAGAAUUACCAGCACACAUUGAACAAUCAAGAGCAAGGAGAUCAAGGCACCCAUCUUACCGCUUUACAUAUUACAGACCUGGCUAA